UCUCUUCCUUCUACACCAAAUUGAAACAACAUGACAUCUUUAACGUUUUACAUUAUCGUUUUUCUCUCUCUUGCCACUCGUAGCAUUGAUGGAAACCAAGAACUCCCUUUGUCAUCCUCUGAUUUAUUGGUUGAUGGCUACAAAAAUUUCAUCAAUACAAUACGAGAACGUCUCACCAAAAACACUUCUAAACUAUACGAUAUACCCAUCUUAAAAAACUCACUCCCUCCUACCGAACCUUUCAUCACCAUCAACCUCAAGAAUGCAAACAAUGAAACCAUUGUUCUAGCAAUAGAUGUGGUAAAUCUUGGAGUUGUGGGAUAUCGUUCGAACAACACCUCCUAUGUUUUCUUCAAUGCCCCACCAGAAGCUUCCGAGAUCGUCUUCCCGUCCACUUGUCGAGUUCUUCUUCGCUUCGAUAGCGACUACGAAUCCAUUGAGAAAGCCUCUGGUAUUUCUAGACUUCAAACUCUCCUUGGAACUGAUCCUUUGAAUUCAGCCAUCUCCAACCUGUUUCACUACCAUCAAGAAUCACUUCCUCAGUCAUUUCUUGUAAUCCUUCAAAUGGUGUUGGAAGGAGUGAAAUUCAAGUUCAUUGAGCAAAGUGUUAUCAAAAGCUUAAAAUAUGGUUACAACUUCAAACCUAGCCUUGCAAUGAUUAGCUUACAAGACAAUUGGGCAAAACUGUCUUUACAAAUCCAAGCAUCUACAUCAUUACAAGGAUUAUUUGGAGAAGCCAUUAAUUUUUAUGAUUCCAACAAUAGAAUCAUUCAAGUGGAUAGCAUAUAUUAUCCAAUCAUAAUCACAAACAUUGCUUUGCAACUAUACCAAUGCAAUGUUAGUACAAAUUUUAUAAGAAUGCCAAGCAUUACGAGUGAUUCUCCAUGCUAUAUACAAACACAAACUUCAAGCAUUAGUGGGAGAGAAGGAUUUUGCAUUGAUGCAACAAGAGGAAUUCAAUAUGAUGGUAAUCCAAUAAUUUCAUCCCCAUGUGAACAUCAAUCAAAUGAAAAAUGGUCUUUUCAAAGGGAUGGAACAAUAAGAUAUUCCAACAAAUGCUUGACAUUUGAUACCUCAAGAUUUGUGGUACUUUACAAUUGUAGUAAAGUUGAAGCAAAAAGCACUAAAUGGAAUGUUGCAAUAGAUGGAACAAUCAGCAACCCAAGUUCUGGCCUUGUCUUGACAGCAAAUUCAUCAACAAGCAAUACACAAUUGAUAGUGGAGGCUAACAAAUACACUAUUGGACAAGGAUGGAGAGUUGGGAACUAUGUUGAACCAAUUAUAGGUUCAAUUAUAGGGUUGGAACAAAUGUGUUUAGAGGCAACAAAUAACAACACAAACAUGUGGUUGGAGAAUUGUGUGCUGAACAAGGCAGAGCAAUAUUGGGCUGUUUAUAGUGAUGGAAGUAUAAGAGUAAAUAGUGAGCGUAAUUUAUGUGUCACUUCCUCUUCAGACCGCUCAUCGGCACUUAUUGUAAUUGAUGAGUGCAAUGGAACAGCAAACCAACGUUGGAAUUUCAAGGCGGAUGGCACAAUCUUUAACCUUAAAACCAAGUUGGUCGUGGAUGUUGAACGUGCUAUGGUUUCCCUCAAGAGAAUUAUUUUGUUUCGUAAAACAGGUAAUCCUAACCAAGAUUGGGGAUUAUUCUACUAAGUUCAUGGAUUAUCCACACAUUAUGUUAAUGUAUGUAUUCUUCUACGUGAGUAUAUACAUUGUAUAUAAGGAAUAAAAGUGUGGAUUUUUCGUCGAGAUUAUCAUAAUAAGUUUGAAAGUUCAAGUCAUAAGUGAUAAAUUAUAAUAAAACUUUCAUUGUUUUUUUUUUUUU